AUGGCUCAACCGACGCCUACCAGCGAUGAACUGGUUGCGUACAUUCAAAACAACGAGCAAGCGAUGUAUGCGCCCUUCUUUGGAUCACUCGGAGUUACGGCUGCAAUGAUGUUCACGGCGGCUGGAUCGGCUUAUGGGACAGCAAAAUCAGGAACAGGAAUCGCCUCGAUGGCUGUGGCUAGACCCGAUCUCGUGAUGAAAGCUAUCAUCCCCGUGGUUAUGGCUGGUAUCGUCGCCAUCUACGGACUCGUCGUAGCAGUGAUUAUUUCGGGAAAAAUUGGACCAGGAGGCAAAGACUACACGAUAAAUCAAGGAUUUUCUCAAUUUGCUGGUGGCCUCGUUUGUGGACUAUGUGGACUGGGCGCCGGAUAUGCAAUUGGAGUAGCCGGUGAUGCUGGCGUCAGAGCACUCUCCCAACAGCCUCGAUUUUUCGUUGGAAUGAUUCUUAUUCUUAUUUUUGCAGAAGUGUUAGGUCUUUAUGGAAUGAUCGUUGCUCUGAUCUUGGGAGCAGCA